GUCCUAUUUAGCUGUGGUAUAGCUUUAAUUUUACGCGAAAUGAAAAUCCACGAAUAAUUCUUCCAGGAAGGCAGGAGAAGAAAGGAAAGACUUUCGGGAAAUGGUCCCUCCCUCUUUUUUUGUUUGAGAGCCAACUCUACAAUUAUGUCUGAGAGCCUGUAUUAAGGAAAUACCAACUAACCCCAGUCAUAGGGUCUAUGACUGGGGUUAGUUGGUGUGACAUAGACCCCAAUUCACGUUUUAUUGGACCACUAAAUCCCUAACUCCCGUAGAUCGCUGUGUGCGAACUGUCAAAUGCCCAUGACGUGUCAUUAGGAGAGAGAAAAACACCAUGUGUAGAAUGGCCAAAAUAAUUUAGUUUGUGUUACGCGUAAACUUUCUGUGUCGGCAUUGUUGCUUCCAUCGAACGGACUGUAGUAGUUUGUAACCCUUUCUUCUUCAAAACAAUCUAAUGUGUAAAAUGUGGGACGGAUUUCCGGAGCUAGCUGCUCGCUGUUGGAGAGAGACGUGACACACAGCUCGGCUCUACAGGGAAACUGGCUCAACUGAAUGCGGCGCUGGAGAGGCCGCUGAAGAAGCUUUUGCCUGUGAUGUCCGAAACUCUGUCGAAAGCUCUUCUGAUUUUCACUCUGAGUGAGUGCUCAAUGUUCGUCGCCGCAGGCACUGACAGUGCAGCGGCGGUGCGGCUGGUGGGGGGGCCGGGCCCCUGCUCCGGCCGGGUGGAGGUGCUCCACCUGGGCCAGUGGGGGACGGUGUGUGAUGACACCUGGGACCUGGAGCACGCCCAGGUGGUGUGCCACGAGCUGGGCUGUGGCCGGGCAGUGGCGGCCCUGAAUCGGGCGCACUUCGGCAAGGGAGACGGCGCCAUCUGGAUCCUGGAGGCCCAGUGUCGGAAGAGCAACAAGUCCCUGGUGGACUGUAUAUACACACCCCCGCCCCCCGGGCACAUCAACUGCAAACACGAGGAGGAUGCUGGCGUGGAAUGUGUCCAAGGCUCCACUGAGGGGGGCAGUGUUGUCCCACGCUGGCUGGUGGCUUUGCUGGUGAUGCUGGUGCUGGUAAUGGCGGUGUUGGGAACGUCCUGCUUGUUUUACAGACGCUACAAAAUCCACCAACUCCAGAGCGGCCGAAGAGAGUGUGAGGCCAACGUCUACGUCGAUAUGACGGUGCAGUAGGUGGAGGAAUGCCACAUUUGGGGUGGCAGGGGAGAGCCGGCCCACUGCACCCCCCACCGCCCCUUCCCCAAAUCUGCAGAACUGGAGUCCGCUCUGAGACCCCCCCCCCCCCCCAAGCCAUGAGACGUUAGUAUGGGACAGACAGACAGGCAGGCAGAUGGACAGGCAGACAGGCAGGCAGACGGACAGGCAGGCACAAACACUUUCGAAAUGUACUGUGGAGUUAGUUAGGCACUGCCAGUCAUACACCUUGCCUUGGAUUAGCUCCUGUAAUUCCACUUCUGUUCUGAUCUAAAAGUAAAAGUCCCCUUUACUCCUGAAGUCUUCUGAACGUGAAAGCUGCCAAGCAGCAUUAGGCCUUGCUGUGUGACGCCGGCGUACGUCACACACUGGAACUGCGUUAUGGCACCACGUCUACGAAAGUCGUGUUAAUACAUCGAGCUGGGCUGCGGCCGGGCGGCGUCAGCCCUGUAGAGGGCGCUCGUCGGCCAGGGAGACGGCGCCCUCUGGUUUCGGGGGGGCGGAGUGUCGGAAGAAUGACGAGUCCCUGGCAGACAGUAUAUACACACCCCCUCCGGGCACAUCGGCUGCAAACCAGGGGCGUAGGACCCAUCAUAUCUGAGGGGGACGUGUCCCCCCCCCCCACUUUUCAAAAAUGCUUAUUUUGUCCCCCUUGAUUUUGGUGGUUGUUUUCAAAUGUCACCUUUCAUUGUGCGCUAACAGACGUGAUGUGGUUGCUAGCAUUACAUUACAUUACAUUAGCAAGGUUCAGUUGUUUACGUGUGUAGGAAAGGCCACGAUAGGGACAAGAGACCGUCAGUAUUCUAAGUCCCGCCCUGGAGAGUUUAUGCCGCAAAGAAUGUUGGGCAACCCCUUCAGUGCCCACAAGACGGGAAGAAGGUGGCAAUCAGUAUCCACUAGGCUAACGUAGCUAGCUAGCUCCUCCACUCAAAGGGCCUUCCUGACAUAAGCACCUAUAAGAUUUUAUUAUGUUGUUUUGAUGGAGUGAUACUACUAAUUAUAGUUUAGGAGCCAUAUGAUGCUGGCUCUUGUGCUAUCUAAUGCUACUUUAUAGCUACCUGUACAUAUAUUAUUGAUUUCUCAGUGAAUGCGAAGGUUUUGUUACUUACUGGUCCAUAUUACAGUUGAAUCAAUAUGUGUAUGCUGUAUCAUUUACGUUGUCAUUUGGAGCUGCUAUUUGGCACAUUUUAAUUCCUCCAUCUUCUUUAUUCUCAUCUCCUUGUGUUUUCAGUCAUUGCAUGACUUGACUUAAAAUAAUGCAGCAAGUGAAAAGGAAGGGCCCAGACAUUAGGCAAGUUGCAGGAGCGAUCAGCAUCAUUCAGUUUAUGAUAAAAUAAUUCUAGCUCAUAGGGGAAUUGUUUUUGUUAUUGACUUAUCAAUGAUAGCAUUGUUAAGGCAAUUAUUACAUGUUUAGUGUUGUUUGUUGACUUUGUAAUAAAAUCACUGCAUGAAAGAUA